AUGCCUUCAAUAAACCCCUUUGUGGCCCCAACCUCCGGCGACCAACCAUGGGUAGAUCAAAUGAGAAAAACCUUAAAAACCCAACUUUCAGUUCUUAUAGACACACCGCCACUUUCCAUAUUCUCAGUUCCACAAAUCCUUAAAGAUGAGAAGCCCGAAGCGUAUGCUCCUCAAAAAAUUGGGCUUGGUCUGAAACACCAUUUUCGGACCGAACUAUAUUCGAACAUGCAACAAAACAAGCUCACCGCGGUCGAACGGGUAAUAAAACCGUACCAGAUUCCUGAUCUGGAAGACCGAGUUGCAGAAAGAAUCAAAAACAUCAUCCCCGUAGUUUCUCCUUGCUAUGAUUCAUUCCCUGAAACAGAUGCGGAUGCGUUUGCUUGGCUUUUUGCCAUCGAUGGUCUGCUUUUGCUUGAUCAACUUCGCGUGUAUUUUGAAAAAGGUUUUGCGAUUGAUGAAAAGGAUCUAAUCAUGUUGGAAAACCAGAUUCCUAUGGUCGUGCUGAAGGAGAUUGAAAAGGCCCUUUCUUCUAAUGGUGAACAUGUUGAAGAAUUAUGGGAAUCUAAGUUUCGGUAUUUCGCAGAGUCAAACUCUCCGUUUCUUCUAUCGAAAGAGGCAAUCGAUUUCAAUCGUGUUAACCAUCUGCUUGAUUAUAUGUACCAUUCCAUCAUCAACAAUGAGGUUUCCAGAGAUGUCGCUUACUUGAAACCUGGAAGUAUUCCAGUUGAGAAGUCGGCUGCUGCAGAGUUACUGGAAGCAAUAAUCAAAGCGGCCGGAUUGAUUCCGGGCGUUAAACCUUUUCUCGGAAUCAUCGAAUCUAUCAUAAAGAUUCUAUACCAAACUGAUAAAGAAAAAAUGAUUCAAGAAAUCAGGGUGCCUUCGGUUUCAGAACUCGGUGAUAUAGCCAGAGUGAAGUUCGCUUUGUCGACAAAAGAAGAAGGGAUCAGAAACAUAAGCUUUGCAAAUGGAACAUGUUGUCUCCCUGUCAUUACGCUAAAUUAUGAUUCGGAGGUCAUACUAAGAAACUUGAUGGCGUACGAGAAAUUAAUGGCGAAAAACAGUUUAAUGGGCGGGUUUGGUCUCGAACUCACCGAGUACGUAGAUUUCAUGUGCGGGAUUAUUGACACCGCUAACGACGUGAAGGUGCUACGCGAACUGAAGAUCAUACAAGGCGAUUUGCCAGAUGAGGAGAUCGUAAAAUUGUUUAACGGGAUCGGUAGAUCACUUGGGAAUAUGAGUGGGCAGUCGAUGUUGAGACAGACUGUGGCUGAAUUAAACAAGGUCUAUGACAACGUACUGAGUGUUCGGAUCAAGAAAGAGGCAGAGAAGCAAGCUCGGGCUGUGGCUAGGGCUCUAACUUUCCUGGUUAGCAUUUCAGGCACGUUGGUAUUGGCACGUGAGGCGUUGGUGCAGGCCAGUGGUUCGAAAAUGACCCAGUUGAUUAUUAAUAUUGUUACGAAGCAGAUGGCCGUAUUAUUUCGUCUUUGA